AUGUACAAUGAUUUCACAGGCAGAUUGGUUUCUGCCUUAUUGACCUCUGACCCUUAUACCCUCCGUCUGUCUCCAGUUCUGCUGUGUCUCCUGUGUGUCCUGUCUUCCCUGGUGGAUCUAACCACCGCCUGUCCUCCGACCUGCUUCUGCAACGCCACCGACGUAGACUGCAGCGGGCGCGGCCUGCUCUCCAUGCCCGCCCUCACCCAUCUCCCCGUCACCGCCCACACCCUCCUGCUGCCCAACAACCACCUCUCCUCCCUGGGUCCAGGGUCCUUUGCUAACCUCACCUCCCUGGAGCGACUGGAUCUCUCCAACAACCACCUCUCCUCCCUGGGUCCAGGGUCCUUCGCUCACCUCACCUCCCUGGAGCGACUGGAUCUCUCCAACAACCACCUCUCCUCCCUGGGUCCAGGGUCCUUCGCUAACCUCACCUCCCUGGAGCGACUGGAUCUCUCCAACAACUACCUGGAUAAUCUUCCCCCAGUGCUCUUCAAGGACCUGGGGAAUCUAUCAGAUCUGACCCUCCACAACAACAGUCUUAGGGCCUUGGAUAGGGAUCUCUUCCAGGGGCUGGUGGGGCUGAGGAAGCUAGAUGUCUCCCUCAACGGGCUGUCUGAUAUCCCCCUGGGUCUGCUGGAUGAGCUGCAGGGGCUGACGUGGCUCUCCGUGGCCGGGAACAGGCUCCAUGCCCUGGAGAGAGCAGCCUUUGAGCCCCUGGCUAACCUCCAGUCUCUUCAGCUAGGGGCUAACCCCUGGGAGUGUGACUGCAACCUGAGGGACUUCAAGCACUGGAUGGAGUGGCUGCUGUACAGAGGUGGUAAGGUAGAUGGGGUGGAGUGUACCCUCCCUAAGGACCUGCGAGGCCGGGACAUCCGUGGUGUUCCAGUGGAGAUGUUCAACUACUGCCUCCAACUGGAUGACGAGAACAGGGGAGGAGGGGGGACGCGGAGCGGAGGAAAAGAGGGUUCAUCCCCGCCCUGCGGCCGAACUACCGGCACCGGCGGAGCCCCCACAUCCGAAUCUGAAGUUCCCCCUGCGGGCGACCUGGUGCCCGUCCCGGACUGUGUGCGGCGGCGCUACCAGCCGGUGAGCGUGCGGAGGGCCAUCGGGACGGUGGUGAUAGCCGGGGUGGUGUGUGGCAUCGUGUGUAUCAUGAUGGUGGGGGCGGCGGCCUACGGAUGUAUCUAUGCCUCGCUCAUGGCCAAGUAUCAACGAGAGCUGAAGAAGAGGCAGCCGCUGAUGGGAGACGGGGAGGGUGACGCAGACCCUGAGGACAAGCAGAUCUCCUCUGUGGCAUAGAAGGGUCAGGGGUUAGAGGUCAAGGUUGAAAGGGCUCUAUUACUCCUCUCCCUCCUCCUCCUCUCCCCCUGAAACCAACCAGCUCCUGCUACUGUCUUCUCUUUCUCCACCAAACGACAAUCACAAUGGGUCCUCUCCUCCAUUCUGAACCCUGUUCUCAUUCUGAGAUGAGAUAGAUAUGUACGAGUCAGACCACUAGACAACCGCCUGAUAGGGUGAUCAACAAACUCUGAACCUUCAAUGACCCUUCUCUAUCCCUCAGCCCACAAACCCCACAGCCCUGCAGAAACAAGAACUGGGUCUGGUUUGGCUUGGUCUGGACUGGUCUGAUUUGACAUGGUCUGGUUUGGCAGAACAUGGUGGAGGGAUGGCCUGAUUCUCUCUGUCCUCUCCCUCCUGUUGUUCUCUGAGAUGGAGGGAUGGCCUGAUUCUCUCUGUCCUCUCCCUCCUGUUGUUGUCUGAGAUGGAGGGAUGGUCUGAUUCUCUCUGUCCUCUCCCUCCUGUUGUUCUCUGAGAUGGAGGGAUGGCCUGAUUCUCUCUGUCCUCUCCCUCCUGUUGUUGUCUGAGAUGGAGGGAUGGUCUGAUUCUCUCUGUCCUCUCCCUCCUGUUGUUCUCUGAGAUGGAGGGAUGGUCUGAUUCUUUCUGUCCUCUCCCUCCUGUUGUUCUCUGAGAUGGAGGGAUGGCCUGAUUCUCUCUGUCCUCUCCCUCCUGUUGUUCUCUGAAAUGGAGGGAUGGCCUGAUUCUCUCUGUCCUCUCCCUCCUGUUGUUCUCUGAGAUGGAGGGAUGGCCUGAUUCUCUCUGUCCUCUCCCUCCUGUUGUUCUCUGAGAUGGAGGGAUGGCCUGAUUCUCUCUGUCCUCUCCCUCCUGUUGUUCUCUGAGAUGGAGGGAUGGCCUGAUUCUCUCUGUCCUCUCCCUCCUGUUGUUCUCUGAGAUGGAGGGAUGGCCUGAUUCUCUCUGUCCUCUCCCUCCUGUUGUUCUCUGAGAUGGAGGGAUGGCCUGGUUCUCUCUGUCCUCUCCCUCCUGUUGUUCUCUGAGAUGGAGGGAUGGCCUGAUUCUCUCUGUCCUCUCCAUCCUGUUGUUCUCUGAGAUGGAGGGAUGGCCUGAUUCUCUCUGUCCUCUCCCUCCUGUUGUUCUCUGAGAUGGAGGGAUGGCCAGACGCUCAGAGAGAUAUUAAAAAACGAGGGAUUAAAAGAUGCUGCUAUUGUCUUUCAUCCCUCCCUCCGUUUCAUCCCUCCCUCUGUUUCAUCCCUCCAUCUCUGUGUCCCCCCCUGCUGUAAGAGUACACAACCGUUGUGGGGACUUUUCCUCUUCCCUCCUCUCCUCAUCCUCCCUUUCAUCCCUCUGUUCCCACCUUCAAGAGGAGUACACUCACGCUGUGGGGACUUCUCUCCUCUCCUCAUCCUCCCUUUCAUCCCUCUGUUCCCACCUUCAAGAGGAGUACACCCACGCUGUGGGGACUUCUCUCCUCUCCUCAUCCUCCCUUUCAUCCCUCUGUUCCCACCUUCAAGAGGAGUACACUCACACUGUGGGGACUUCUCUCCUCUCUUCCCUGUCUGUGUAAUCUCUAUGGAUGGGACAUCAACCUCUCCUACUAACGAGCAGGAUCUUCCCUCACCCCUGAAUUGGCUGGACAAACAAAGCGUAUAUUAUUCUAUACUGGUCUCUGGUUUAGAUGAUUUAAUAUAGCCUGUAUUACAUGCAGUGACCCAACUCCUGGUUUUUGAUAAACAUUCAUUUGGUCCCGUAUCAGUUUUUCAUUUGGUGUUGUUGGUUUUGUUUGGGUGAUAACCUGAUAUCCUGUAACGUUUUAGAGCUGGAUAGAUUUGCUCCGACAAAAACCCUACAGGUAUACCGUCUUGCUAGCGAUGUUGGUAAUACAAAAGGUAGCUAGCUACUAACUGAAUCCAGUUGUGUUGUUGUUAAAUGGGUAAUAACCCACGUACAGUACAGUACCACAGUUCUCUGUAAAGGGGAAUGAGACCUCGGAUCACUACCCAGGAUUCCAUAGUAGCUUGGGAGGCGUGUCUUGAUAACACAUCUUAAUAUGAUGGUAGAUAAACAGGCUGAUGCCGAUGAAAGAGAACUAGAGACAGAUCAAAUGGGAUGAAAUGGGAUGUAAUGGGAUGUAAUGGAAUGUAAUGGGAUGAAAUGGAUGUAUGGGAUGUAAUGGGAUGAAAUGGAAUGUAUGGGAUGUAAUGGGAUGAAAUGGAAUGUAAUGGGAUGAAAUGGGAUGAAAUUGAAUGUAUGGGAUGUAAUGGAUGUAUGGGAUGUAAUGGGAUGAAAUGGGAUGAAAUGGAAUGUAUGGGAUGUAAUGGGAUGAAAUGGGAUGUAAUGGGAUGAAAUGGGAUGUAUGGGAUGUAAUGGGAUGUAAUGGGAUGAAAUGGAAUGAUAUGGGAUGUAAUGGGAUGUAAUGGGAUGAAAUGGGAUGUAAUGGGAUGAAAUGGGAUGUAAUGGGAUGUAAUGGGAUGUAUGGAAUGUAAUGGGAUGAAAUGGGAUGUAAUGGGAUGUAUGGGAUGAAAUGGGAUGUAAUGGGAUGUAUAUGAUGUAAUGGGAUGUAUAUGAUGUAAUGGGAUGUAUAUGAUGUAAUGGGAUGUAUGGGAUGAAAUGGGAUGUAAUGGGAUGUAUGGGAUGAAAUGGGAUGUAAUGGGAUGUAUGUGAUGAAAUGGGAUGAAAUGGGAUGCACCCUAUUCCCAAUGCAGUGCACUACUCUUAGCUAGAGCCCUAUGGGGCCAUUUGGGACACAUAUUAUAAGUAAAGAGGGAAUAUGAAGAGUCUAUAGUACAGUACUUUUCCAUAUGAAGUCAUUAAUCCAUGUUUGUUUACUUUGUUUGUAAUAUUGCUCACUUACUAAUUACCGGUAUGUGUUCUGUUGUUCAGUUAGCAUCAUAGCAAAACAUGUGAUCAUGUGACCUAGAGGGACAGGAAGUAGGAAGUGGAAUCUGUGUUGAGGGACCAGUCAUUGAUCAGGUUUGCUGUCGCUGUGGUAACAUAGAAGUGAGUGUGUGAGUGAGUGUGUGAGUGUGUGUGUGAUUCUCAGAUCAGAGACUUUGCAAGACAGUAUUUUAGUAUUUUAGGUGAUAAAUCAAAUGAAGGUAAAUCAUUUGGGUUUGGGCCAUAAAGAUGUGAUACAUCAUUGGGCCAUAGAGAUGUGAUACAUCAUUGGGCCAUAGAGAUGUGAUACAUCAUUUGGGUUUGGGCCAUAGCGAUGUAUUAGAGAGAUCAUCUUCUAUCUUUCCAAUGGCCACUUCUGGGACAGCAAGUACAUCCUCUAAAACAUGUCGUACCACCCUGUACCAACCUGUACCACCAAUGUACCACCAAUGUACCACCCAUGUACUAGUUUGUGGUGUUGAUGGUUCCAGAUCCAUGCAACAAUAUCAUCACCAAUAAUAACAUAUAUCAAGACUGUCAGAGGAGAGACAAAGAGGGGAGAGAGAGAGAGAGAGAGAGAGAGAGAGAGAGAGAGAGAGAGAGAGAGAGAGAGAGAGAGAGAGAGGGGAGAGAGAGAGAGAGAGAGAGAGAGAGAGAGAGACAGAGACAGAGACAGAGACAGACAGAGAGAAAGACCCUGAUAUGGGUGGUAUGGUUUAAAUGGAUGCUAUAAGCCUGUGACACACAAAGGAGUCAAUCCUGUAAGGAGACAGCUGUGCGUUAAGCCAUCGUACCUCAUGCUGCUCCUCUCCAACACUAUCGUACUGUAUCUCUCAUCCUGCAGGAACCAACUCUCUCUCUGUCUGAUUUCCAACGUUUUUCUCUCUCUGUUAUUAUUAGGAAGGGUCAUGGUUGAUAUAAUACUAGUAGGAAUGUAUAGGGACAGUAUAUUUACAUACUCCCUGUCAAAAUUAUAAUUACCAAAGGACUAAAUCCACAGAAAGCGGAAUCCAACAUGUCCAUGUAUGCAGAUCUGGGUAGCAACAGUGCCACCCAGAGGUAGAAGGGAGCAUAGCACGGUGCACGAGAGGAACUGCAGUGUGUGUGAAUGAGGACAUUUUGAAAAUCAUUCUUCUACCUUGAAAUAACGUGAGAAACAGAGCAAUUUCAUGUGUGACAAUAUUUUAUAUAUAAUUUACGUCUCACCUUUCUUCAUUCUGAAUUAAACACGAGAUUUGAUCAGGGUGCUUCAAAAACCAAAUUUUCUGCGAACGGUCUCUUCUAAGACGUCUGAACGCACUGUCAGAGCUCCUAUAUGUUUGUCCUUAACUCAUUACAUAUCCUGAAGAAGUUCUAUAUAAUAGUACAUAUGUAUCAAGUAAUAUAAUACAAUGUCUAGACAUUUUCUGAACAGUGUCUCCGAGAAUACAAUUUCAAAUAGUAUUAUUGAAAUAACCCGAAAGCAUAAGAGGGGCGAGUUGCUAUAAAACCCUAUCGUCUUUAUUGUCGUGUUGAUUGUGGUAAAUACUAUUAUAAUAUGAACUAACUAUACCCGAAGAUAAGUAUUAUGGGUGAUGAAAUGACCCUGCUGCGUUCCUGUCAGUGCAGCCCGUAGUAUAAUACUGGUUCCUGUAUUCAUAUAGACUGGUUCAUUAUAUUGGUUCAUUAUACUGGUUCAUUAUGGACUGGUUCAUUAUACUGGUUCAUUAUACUGGUUCAUUAUACUGGUUCAUUAUACUGGUUCAUUACAGACUGUUGCAAUGAUGUCACUGAGAAUCAAGGCUGCGAUGCACUUGUGUAGUGUACAAUAUGAGGAUUGUCCUCAACUAACCAACUGUCAAUCAACGAGGGUUAUCAACAACAAUAACAAACACUAACGUUAUGUUGAACGCAUCCCCAAAGACAGCAUGGCUCUAACCUGAUCCCAGAUCUGUUUGUUCUCUUGUCAACUUAACUUAUUGCUGUCAUUGUCAAGCCAAACAUGUUUUAGUGUGACAAAGAGUGACAAGUAGUUGGCAUGAUGUCACCAACAGACUGGUACUCAGGCUAGCACGGCUUUGAUCUAGUGGUUAAUAAUCCCUAUUAAUGUGAAUACAGGCCCGAGUCCCAAAGAGCAACCUAUUCAUUACAUAAGGCACUACCUAUUACCAGAGUGUGGACACUAGAUAGGGAAUAUGGUUGCCAUUUGGGACGUAACCCAGGUCUGGGAUCUGUUGGUAUGGAUGAAGCACAAUGAUGUGGCUGUUGUUUAAACUCAUGUUGGGAGAAAAAAUAUAGAGAGAGUGAGCGAGAGAGAGAGUGAGUGAGAGAGAGAGAGAGAG